CCGGAACCAACAUUCAGCGUUUCGCCCUGCACACGGACGUCUGAGACCCGCCGUCUUGCUUUGCCAGCGCCGGUGCGCCGCCCUAAAGCGUCCCCUCUCCCGCCGGAAGCGCCUUUGUGGACAAGGUUCGCCACCCAAACAGAAGUGGUGCGGGAAUGCAGCUGUGAAGAUCAGGGUUUAGGAGCCGUUACUGCGGACGGAGAGACGGGAACGUGAGCGGCCAUUGAGGGCGGCCAGGGUGACCCCCUCCCCCCCCCAUCUGCUCAGUGUGCGGGCUGAGCUUCGAGGGGCUGAGCUUCGAUGGAGGACCACGUGACGGGGCACAACAAGGAGAAGUGUUCUGAGUGUGACGUAUGUGGCAAGGCCUGGCAGAGCCUGAGUGAGCUGGAGAUCCACCGGUGGGUGCACAUGGGAGAACGCCCCUUCGACUGCUCGGAAUGCAGCAAGAGCUUCAAGACGACCAUUGACCUGAAGAGACACUGGCGGGUGCACAUGGGCGAGAAGCCCUAUGGCUGCUCCACCUGUGGCAAGAGCUUUGCCCAGUUGUCGGGGCUAUGGCAGCACCGGCGGGUGCACAGCAGUGAGCGGCCCUUCACUUGCUCUGACUGCGGCAAAGGCUUCAAGUCGUCCAGGGACCUGAAGGAGCACGAACGCCUGCACACCGGGGAACGACCCUACACCUGCAGCAACUGCGGCAAGGGCUUCCUCCGCUCCAACCACCUGCUGGUGCACCAGCGCACCCACACCGGUGAGCGGCCCUACACCUGUGCUCACUGCGGCAAGGGCUUCACCCAGUCCAGUCAACUGCUGUCCCACCAGCACACCCACUCCGGCGAGCGCCCCUUCACCUGUGCCCAGUGCGGCAAGGGCUUCAGCCGUUCCGGAAACCUGCUGUCCCACCAGCGCACCCACACCGGGGAGCGCCCCUUCACCUGCGCCCAGUGUGGCAAGGGCUUCACCCAGUCCCACAACCUGCUGUCCCACCAGCGCACCCAUGCCGGUGAGCGUCCCUACACCUGUGCCCAGUGCGGUAAGGGCUUCACCUCCUCCAGCUACCUGUUGGUGCACCAGCGCACCCACACUGGCGAGCGUCCCUACACCUGUGCCCAGUGCGGCAAGGGAUUCACGCGCUCCAGCAUCCUGCUGGUGCACCAGCGCAUCCACACAAGCGAGCGUCCCUUCACCUGCACCCAGUGCGGCAAGGGCUUCUCCUCCUCCAGCAACCUGCUGGUGCACCAGCGCAUCCACACCAGCGAGCGCCCCUACACCUGCACCCAGUGCGGCAAGGGCUUCACCCGCUCAACCUAUCUGCUGUCUCACCAGCGGGUGCACGCCAGCGACCAUCCCGUCCCCAGCCCGGUGAGUGGAGAGCACAUUGCCAUGGCCUCCCAAGCCCUGUCUCACCAACGCGUGGACACCAGUGGCCAGCCCUAUGACUGCCCGUACUGCGGUGAGGAGUUUGACAGCUCGCGGAAGUUGCAGCAGCACCGGCGGGCCCACGCCGGCGAGCAGCUGCUCCCACUGUGACAAGAGAGCACGGGGGCUGCGGGAGCACCAGCGGAUACACACCGGAGAGAGACCCUUUGUGUGCGCUGAGUGUGGCAAGGGUUUCACCCGCAUGUCCAGCCUGUGGCAGCACCGGCGUACCCACAGCGGUGAGCGUCUCUUGCCUGCCCGUCCUGUGGUAAGAGCUUCACCCGCCUUGACCGCCUGCUGGAGCACCGGCGAGUCCACACCGGCCAGCGCCCCUUCACCUGCCCGCUCUGUGACAAGGCCUUUGCCCGCUCCUCCAGCCUGCUGGCACACCACCACGUGGAUAGAUAGGCGCUGUUUAGGUAGACACAAAAUGCUGGAAGGAAUGGGUAACAUUUCGAAUCGUUUCUUCAGUCACCCAUUCCAUCUCUCCAGAGAUGCUGCCUGGCCCGCUGAGUUACUCCAGCAUUUUGUGUCCUUUUUUGUAAACCAGCAUCUGCAGUUCCUUGUUUUUAAACCAUUCUGGUUAACCAUCUCUGCACCUUCCCCAAUGCAAUACUCCAAAUGCUACCUGACCAAUGUCCCUUAAAGCUGCACGUAUACAUUCCUCUCUCUCCCCUCUCCCCACACUCUCCCCCCCUCACUCGUACACAAAUUCUCUCCACUCCACCCUCUCGUGACCCCCCCUCUCUCUCACACACUCGCUCUCUCGCUCCCUCUCUCACAUUCCCUCGCUCUCUCGCUCCGUCUCUCACACAUCCCCUCUCUCUGUCACUCUCUCACAUGUAUACACGCCAUCUCUCUCUUGCUCUCUCUCACACACUCCCUCUCUCUUGCUCUCUCUCACACGAUCCCUCUCUCUCACUCACAACACUCCCCCCUCCCCCCUCUCUCUCACACACACACACACACAAACUCGCUCUCUCUUUUGCUCUCUCUCACACAUGCACUUUCUCUCUCUCACUCACACACUCUCACGCACACACUCAAUACAUCUCCGCUCGGUUUGCAAUAACCACCCUGAUCUCCCGGUGGCUCAGCACUUCAACUCCCCCUCCCAUUCCAAAUCCGACCUUUCUGUCCUGGGCCUCCUCCGUGGCCAGAGUGAGGACCACCGUAAAUUGGAGAAGCAGCAGCUCUUGGGCAGUUUGCACCCCAGCGGUAUCAACAAUGACCUCUCUAAUUUCAAGUAGUCCUUACUUUCUCCUCCCCUUCCCAGCUCUCCCUCAGUCCACUGGCUCCACCUCUUCCUUUCUUCUUCCCGCCUCCCCCACCCUCACAUCAGUCUGAAGAAGGGUUUGAAUCCGAAACGUUGCCUAUUUCCUUCUCUCCAUAGAUGCUGCCUCACCCGCUGUUUCUCCAGCAUUUUUGUCUUCCUUCGAUUUUCCAGCAUCUGCAGUUCCUUCUUAGGCAUUUUUUAGUUUUUUUAAAGAAAGUUUUGAUGCAUUUGUGCCUUACGUAACAAAUAAAGCAAGUUUAUCCUGA